CCCAUCCUCUAAUAGUAUGACCCUAGUCUCGAACGAUCCCAGUUGGUGGCCAUUCAUUAACGCGAGUCUUAUCUCCAGCUAUUUUGCAGUUGCCGCCUGUGCUGCGGUAAUAUAUGACUGGGUACUUACGUUCGGACAAGAGGUGGAACUGGUCUGGGGACGACGCUGGUCCCUAAUGACCGUUUUGUAUAUCAUUGCACGAUAUCUUGGAAUAGGAUUUGUCAUGUACGCCAUAUCAUGUCCGACGCUGUUGCUUGG